AUGUCUGACAUGCAGAUAAACCUUCAGCACUCGAAGGCAGCCUCUAGUGCCUUAUGCUGGAGAACAUCUAGAAGGCAUGUUGAUAUAGGGCUGAUACAAGUGCCCUGGAUCAAUGGAGGCCAAGUAAGAAGCCUACCAAACAAAGUAUGUCAGACGAUAUAUUGUGAUAAGUCAGUAACUCCAAGAGCCCUAAUAAUACUCAGAAGGGGACUAACCUGUCUUCCACUUACAGAGUUCCUGACAAGGGAUCUUGCUGCGGCAUUGGUUGAGGUGCGAACUGAGAGCAUCAAGAGGCAGCUGGUUAUCACCUCAGGAUAUUUUCCAGGAAACGCCAUCAGCCCACUACCGGAGGAAGUACAACGCCUCAUCGAAUGGUGCUGCAUGGAGAAGAAACAACUGAUUCUGGGCUGCGAUGCGAACGCACACCACAAAGUUUGGGGCAUCACUGAUAUAAAUCAUAGAGGUGAAGAUUUGCUUGAUUUUUCAUUUUCUACUAACAUAGAGAUAGUGAAUGUGGCUGAUGUUGAGUGCAGGACACCCAGGAAGACAGACUGGGAACUUUACAUAGCCCUCCUAAGUUCUGAUCUGAAGGGCCUGAAAUACAACAUCAGUUCCAAUGAGGAUCUGGAGAUCGCCUCUGCUCACUUCACAUCAUGUCUGAAGGGGGCAUUUGAAAACAGUUGUCCAUUCAGGAAGAAAACGAUCUCCAGAGACGUCCCCUGGUGGAACAAUCAUCUUGAAAACCUCAAGAAAACUGCUUGGAAAGCCUUCAAUAAGGCUAAGCGAGAAGGCAGCUGGAAUGCCUACAGACUGGCCCUGAUCAACUACAACAAAGAGGUCAGGAAAUCCAAAAAAAAGUCUUGGAGAAGCUUCUGCGAGGGAAUAGAUAAAAUACCCCAGCAGCUAGACUUCAAAAAGCAGAUUACCAGUGAAGAUGGGACCUCCGCUGGGGAAGUAUACAACCCCACCAGGUGGGAUUCUCAGAAAGCUGGUAGACUAUUCACACCAGAAAGAAUUGAAUGGGCGAUAAAGAGCUUUCAGCCCUUCAAGUCAGCAGGCAUGGAUGGUAUUUUUCCAGCCAUGCUUCAAAAAGGUGUUGAAGUCCUUAUAGCCCCGAUAACUGAGCUCUUUAAGUUGUUCGGGAGUUACAGACCGAUAAGUAUAUUACCAUCAUUUUCUAAGUUAUUUGAGAAGGCCAUGUCUGAUAGGCUGGUGAGUUUCUUAACAUCCUUUAAUAUGCUCAGCAAAAAUCAGCAUGGUUAUGUAAAAGGUCGAUCCGUUGAAACAGCCAUUUUGCAGUUCACAGAAAACAUAAUUAAGUCGUUUGAAAAGAAUGAAAUCCUGCUGGGUAUAUUUAUAGAUCUUUCCAAGGCUUUUGACAGUCUUAGUCAUAAGAAGUUGUUAGAAAAGUUGGAGAGUUUUGGAAUAAGAGGAAAUGUGCUGAGGUGGUUCGAGUCAUACUUAAGAGAUAGGCAACAGAGAACAGCAGUUAAAAAAGAAGGUAAAACAAUUAAAUCAGAUAUAAAAAUAAACAACACAGGUGUCCCACAAGGAAGUAUUUUAGGUCCAAUUCUCUUUAUCAUUUUUAUCAACGAUAUAGAGCGAAUAUUUGAUGCACAAACCAUAUCUUGCUUCAUGACAAUAUUUGCUGAUGAUACGAAUCUACUUGUGUCUGACUCGAGCUACCCCAGGUUGUUGCAAAAGAUGUUUGUCCUACUUGAAAAAAUUCAAGACUGGUUUGAAGAAAAUGACUUGAUUCUGAACGCUGAAAAGACUAAAGUGGUUCUGUUUCGAACCCCCCAACAAAGAAUACAAAGACCUGAUAAAAUUACCAUGCUCAGUCAGGACCUAAAACCUGACCAGUGUACUAAAUUCUUGGGGGUAUUUAUCGAUGAGCAUCUCAAUUGGACAGAACAAAUAAACAUAGGUGUGUACAGUACUUGUAGCAGCUUUCAUAGCUAUCAGACCAGACAACUGAAUUUGAGCUUUCCACGCCAUAAACUCAGCAUCACCGAAAAACAUCCAACAUAUGCUUGUAUAAAAUAUUAUAAUAAUUUACCAGUGGACAUAAGGAACUGUCAAACAUUGAACCUAUUCAAGAAAAAACUAAAGAGCUUCCUACUAGACCUAGAGCCUUAUUCAUUAGAUGAUUUUUAG